UGCUCUCGCUUGCUAAGUUUCGGUCCUAAUGCGUGUGAUGAUUGCGUUGCUUCCCGAUGGUUUCGCGCUGGAGUUUGUCAAAAUUAUGGGGUUUGUGUGGGGGCUAGAUGAAAGCGCUUCCUCACGGGACUCGUCGGUCGUUGUCUAGCUUGUUUUUAACAUAUUGGAUUUAGAUGAGAUUACGGAAAUAUGCACGCUCGAAUUCCUUAUGCUUGCUGUUCGGGAUUUGGCAGGUUUUGGUUUGAUCCAGUAGUAUAAUGCAGAGAUUUGCAGAGGUAAUAAUUGCGAACGUUGGCAGAGAUUUUUCCUUAUGCUUGCUGUUCGGGAUCUGUUGAAGUUCGAGAGAGGCGAAUUUAAUGAGGGAAAUGUGACAUCCAUAUAUUUUGCUGGGAGCCUCACGGUCAUAUCUGCUAGGAAAUACAGAGGUGUGCAGUUGGGCGAGGUUCUGGGCUGUAGUUUUGGCUUUGAUCAUGUUGCUAUUAUAUGGUGCACGUGUUGUUUCACUUAGAUUUUGGAUACAAACCUGUCUGGUUUGUGUGUGUUCAGGCUCUGUAUGUAUUUGCUCAAUUAUUGAACUGGCACUUUAGGAUCAUUUGGGGUUUUCACAAACAAGAAAUUUAGGGAUGAAAAGUUAAUGUGGGAGUUUGGCAUCAUAACCCAACAGGAACCUAUCCGAAAGGGUGCUGUUAGUCACACUCUUAUGGUGGAGGAGCUUGGUCGCCGAAAGGUCAACGAUGGGGAUGUUUAUGUCAUGAGGUUGUACAAUCGGUUGGAUCAAACAAAGAAAGGAGAGAUAGCAUGUGCCGCUCCUGGCGAUGCUCGGAAAUGGAUUGAAGCAUUUGAGCAAGCCAAACAACAGGCAGACUAUGACCUGAUGAGAGGGGUUAGCUGGAACAGAUUGCAGAAUGAAAAUGAGAUUAAUCUUGAUGGUCAUCGACCACGGGUGAGGAAGUAUGCACAAGGUUUGGGAAAACUAGUACGAAUUGGCAAAGGGCCAGAAAUGCUCCUUCGACAGUCUUCAGAUCUUCAAAACCAUGACAUGGUUAACCCAAACUUUGGAGGUGAUACCGGAGAUGCAUCUGAAGCACAUGAAUGGAGAUAUGUUCGAACAUUUAAUGGCGUAAGAAUCUUUGAAGAUAUUGCAAACUCAAAGGGUGGAAGGGGAAUACUUCUGAAGUCUGUUGGAGUGGUUAGUGCAAACCCUGAUACUGUGUUUGAAGUGGUUCUCAGUCUUGAUAAGCAUAAGCGAUACGAGUGGGAUAUGUUGACAGCUGAUUUAGAGUUGGUGGAAACAGUUGAUGGAUACUACGAUGUGGUUUAUGGGACCUAUGAACCCAAAUAUUUAAAUUGGUGGAAAGCAAAGAAGGAUUUUGUUUUUUCCAGACAAUGGUUUCAUGGACAAGAUGGAACAUACACCAUUUUGCAGAGUCCUGCUGGUCACAAGGAAAAACCUCCAAGGCAUGGUUAUGACCGUACAAAAAUCAACCCAUCAGCAUGGGAAAUAAGGAGGUUGACCACAUCAGGAUCAUCAACUCCAAAGUGUAUUGUUACUCGUAUGUUGGAAAUUUCUCAGAGUUUUUGGGGCAGAUGGAAGAGAAGGCACUCCUCAAAUUUUGAGAAAAGUAUUCCUUUUGCUUUGCUAAACCAAGUGGCAGGUCUAAGAGAGUAUUUUGCAGCAAAUCCAGCCUUGACAUCUGAUUUGCCUUCAACAGUAGUGAAAUCAAAAGCAUGGGAUCCUUUAAUCAUCCAUAGUGAACUCAAAGAUUCUGAACCUAGUGAUGAAUUUUAUGAUGCACUUGUUAGAGGCGAAUCCUUUGAAGAUGAGGAUAGUGAUGAUGAUGAAGAUGAUGAUGAUGUUACAACUCCAAAGGCUGGAAAAGUGAAGUUGAAGAAUGUGUCAUGGGCUAUUGCCAGUUUAGCUUUGAAACCAACUAAAGCUUUGGUUGAGAGCAGCGAAUUGGUUACAAAUUCUGCUCGUGUAACUAUUGAUCCAAGCCAUUUCCACAGCACCCUUCGACGAGCGAAAAACGAAAAUGACCCAAAUUCUUGGAGUGCACCUGGUGGAGAGAAGUUUAUGAUAAGAGGGAAAACUUACUUAACAGAUUACACCAAGGUUGUUGGAGGGGGUCCACUUCUAAAGCUAAUUGCGGUCGAUUGGUUCAAGGUUAAUGAGCGCUUUGAUGCAGUUGCUUUACAUCCCAAAAGCCUUGUACAGUCAGAAGCUGCAAAGAAGAUUCCUUUCAUAUUGGUUAUAAAUUUGCAGGUUCCAGCGAAACCAAAUUAUAAUUUGGUUAUGUAUUACGCAGCAGAGAGGGCUGUGAACAAAGAUUCUUUGUUGGGUAGAUUCAUUGAUGGAACUGAUGCAUUCCGAGAUGCCAGAUUUAAACUUAUACCAAGUAUUGUUGAGGGUUAUUGGAUGGUAAAGCGUGCAGUUGGAACGAAAGCUUGCCUUCUGGGCAAAGCAGUAACAUGCAAUUAUCUUCGCCAGGAUAACUUUCUGGAGAUAGAUGUUGACAUUGGUUCUUCGUCGGUUGCACGGAGUAUUAUUGGUCUAGUAUUGGGCUAUGUCACAAGCAUUGUCGUUGAUCUUGCUAUUCUCAUCGAGGCAAAGGAAGAGAAAGAGCUGCCUGAGUACAUUCUUGGCACUGUUCGUCUAAAUCGUGUUAAUUCCGACUCUGCUGUAUCGAUAUAAGUUACACUACAUUUCUUCUCUCAAUUGUCCGCUUCUCCCACCCAAGAGAUGUACGGUGUUGGCAGACUUGUGCAAUCUUCUGCUAUCCUCCUUUUUAUUCUGGGAGGUAGCAUAGCAUUUGUAAAAUUGGAAGUAGUAUCAUUAUGUGCUGAAUUGCUGAUACCCUAUCGAGGUUUAUUAUAUGUACAGAGUAUCGACAUGAAUAAGUCAUGCUCUUCUUAAUAAGAUCAGCUGCCUGAGUCUUCAAGGUGGUAUUUCC